GUCCCAGGAUCGGCCCCCACUUCGCGUCAAACGGUUGGACACGGUACGGAGGCGAGCACAAGCGAGCAAUUCUUUGACGUGCAUCAGCUAACUUCCAUCCAUUCUCUCCUGUAUUCUCCCGCAAAGCGUGCUCUUCGUUUCUUUUUCUUUUCCUUAUAGUCAAGUCUUUCAAUCCCCACUCCAAGUUUCUUCCUCUCCGUGCCGGUUAUCCGACCACCGACAACAGUAGCGACUCCAUCGACACCCCGAAGAGAACGUAACCCUCUUGCGAGUACGCGAGAAUACAUGCGAGUAUAAUCGAGUACACGCGAGAAAAUUCCUCGAACGAUAUCACCAGCCAACUAGCCGGUGAGACGGUCAGUUAAUAUCGACUACGGUUAACGAGACUUGGACCUUAGUUGUUGGCGUGCCGUUGCUUUCGGUCGACGACGGAACAGCCGCGCGGAGAACGUUUCUCUUUCCUUCUCUAUCUUUCUAUCUUUCAAACGGUGCUCGAGUGAACUGCGAGGCGCCAUGAAAAUCGUCGCUUUAAUCGCAUUCCUAAUGGCCGUCCUUAUGGGUGUCACGGCCCAGAGUUAUAGGCAACUCUAUGCUGGUUUCGGGCCUUACUUUCAACAGAGCGCAGGAUUGCGGGAUCCAAGAUCGAACAGAGGUCCAAUCCUUUUUCCACCUGGUCCAGAACCGAAUCGCGCUGACACGAGCGGUGUGAUCGUAGGUGCGAGUGGAUACGGAUUCGUACCACCGAAUACAGGCUUUCUAGGUUAUUACUAUUAUUAAAUCUAGCUGAACAAGAUAAGAUACUGAAGAUGUGUUCUCCUAGAAGAAGACGAAGAGGUAGUAUGGAACUUGAGGUUAUCGAGUGUGACGAUACGCUCAUUUAACAACCGAAAAUAUUAAAAAAAGUAUGUAAAAUUAGAUUCUUGCGAUCGAGCAACGAAAAAAAAAUGAAGGAAGAGGGUAAAGAGAGAUCAAAGUAAUUAAUUAAAAUGCAAUUAAUUCGAAUUCCUAAUAUCGAUGUGUACCAAAGUUACAUGCAUCAAUAGUUGUGAAUGAAAGUGGUAAAUCAAAUAGAUCGAUAACUUUCAAUAUAAAUUUGUAAAACGAUAAAACGCUACUUUGAUUUUCACAGCUAUUGAUUCACGAGUUUGUAACCACUCGUAAUUGUAAAUUAAUUUCCUUACGUCUUGAAGUUCACAUUAGUAUAUCUUUAUUUAUUUUUAUUAUAAUUAAUAGUAACUGCGCUUCGAUGAUGCGAAGUAAUAGCACAGAAGCGAUUGUAACCGUCCAAACUGAUUGUGUUCGAAAUGUUAUUAUCAUUAUAGAUAGAAUAAAUAUUAAUAAUAUAUUGUACAAGUGUAAUUGUUCAUCGGUCGAUGAAAAAGUCGAAUGAGAAUUAAGAACAGUCAAUUCAUCCUAUUUUCGGGAAUGCUUAUAUUGUAAUCCAUUGGCCAUUAACAAACGACUAAUUAAUACUUGAGUCAUGUUCGAAUGGUCUCGUGGUAUUCAUUUCUUAGAUCGAUUUUGAAGGUAAAUCAUUCGUUAAUUACGAAACGUCGAGUUGAAAUAUGCAUCAUUUUACAUUUGCAGAAAAAAUCUUGUCUUAGAAAGAUCAGGCCAUGAUCAUUUAUCGUAAAACUGACGUUCGACGUCUUAGGAAACAGCUUGAAAGUGAACGGAUAAGUUUAUCAAUGAGAUCGGAUCGACAACGAAGUAAUAAUAAGCUGUAAAUAACCAUACAUUGUAAUGGAAUAAAAAUUAAAAAACAAAAAAUUCUUGAAAAA